UUAGGUGCAAGUUUAUUCAGUCAAAACGAGCAUGCAUUGGAAAAGAAAAACUGGUUGCAAAAUCUAAGAUAUCAUUUAAUAUAACAUAAAACAACACGCAAUGCUGCAGCCGUCCAAACAACAGAUUCUACGCCUUUACAAACAUCUAAUACGCUACGGCAAUCAAUUGCAAUUAACGGACAAAAACUACUUCCUGGGUCGCAUACGCCGUGAAUUCAAAGAAGGGCGCACUCUGGCCGAUCCGCUACAAAUUGAGUUCAAUUUUAAGCGCGGUGAAACGCUUUUACGUAAAGGACGCAUUCUCUAGCCAAAAUGUUACAACGCCUGCUAGGCACACUUGCGUCUCGUAGCACUGCGUUGUACACCACCACCACCACGCCAUUUAUAAAUGCCUGCCGCUGGAAAUCAACAAAUAGCAAAGUUGACUAUUCACGCUAUCCCAAAUUGAACGAAGACGAAUUGGAAGAAGAUUUUAUGCGCGGUAGUGGACCCGGUGGACAAUCAGUAAACAAAACUUCAAACUGCGUUUUUCUGCGUCAUAUCCCUACAAAUAUAACAAUUAAGUGUCACACACAUCGAUUGGCCUCCAAAAACCGAACAGAGGCGCGAAAACUUCUCUUAGAAAAACUGGAUGCACAUUUAAAUGGUGAGAAUGCCGUGGCGGUACAAAUUAAAGCGCUUGAAAUGAAGAAGUCAUCUGAACGCAAGCGUCGACAACAGAAAUUAAAUGAAAUGAAGAAAAAUUGGAAAGAGCGUGAACAACUACUCGGUGAAAGUGAUCACUGAGCGGCAUACAAUGAGGUCGUUCCAAAAUGUUAUGUAAUUUUACGUUUAAUUUUCAUUAGAGUUUUAAAUAGAAAUACAACUUAUAA